GAGAUGGAGAGAUAGAAAUCUCCAGUAAACCCUAACCCCAAUUUUGUUAUUGAAGAAAGAAGAAAUCACCAACUAAAUCGGUCAAGGCUAAGUUUUCUUUCUAUAUCUAUGAUUUUAAUUUUAAUUUUAAUUUCCUGGAUGUUGUUUUUGUUUUGAUUGAGAAAAAAUUCCCCAAUGUAGUUAGGGUUUAUUCUUCAAUGAGUUUUGAUUUGAGGAGAAAUGGUCACAGAAUAAGAAAUAUCAAUUGUGUGUAAUGUGGGUAUCUAUUUUCAAUGUUUUGAAAUUGAGAAGAAUAAUCCCCAAUAUAGUUAGGGUUCUUCAAUGAAUUCUGAUAUACUAAAAUUUUAGAUUUUAGGUUCUUCUAUAACAGUAAACUUGUCUGUUCUUGUUUCAGUCUCAGCAAUAUAGAUAGAGAUCCAAGUGGACUUUGCUUGUUCAAUUGGAUGAUGCCGCACCAGGAUUAGUGUGAAAUUGAGAACUUUAGUUGAUAUAGCAGAUAACCUGGGGGUUGUCAAUGUUAAUGUCCAGGUUAAGGGGCAACAAAGUUUCAUGAGAGUGUCAGAAGAUGACCUUUAUCACCUACUUACUUGUUUUUGUCAGGUUAAAACCUAAAGUCCAUCACUGUAAUAUGAGGAACAAGUAGAAGUCCAUGUCUAAUCUUUUACUUAUAUUUUUUCUUUUACAAAAUGUUUUUGGCUUCUACUACGUGAAUCCGAUUUCAGCAUAUAGUGAAAGUGUGUAUAUCUUGUUUAAGUCUAAGCGUUGAUAGUUAAAGAGCUGAAUUUCUAAAAUGUUUUAAUAACCUUUUUCUCUAUUCUGAUUUGCUUCUAGGCGUUCCUGAAGGCUUGGCACGCCACGUGCACUGCAGCAACAGGGAGACCUAGAAUGAUCGUCCCCAAAGGAAAGAAGUUUUUAGUCGGACCAAUUAACUUCUUAGGUCCGUGCCUGACCAAAAUUAUUACUGUUCAGAUAUCUGGAACAAUAGUUGGUCCUGUAACUCUUAAAGAAUGGGGAUGGCCAAAUAUCAUUAUAAGAUGGAUCGUAUUCAAAAACGUGGAUGGGCUUACUGUACAAGGAGGAGGAAUAAUCAAUGUCCGUGGUAAUUGUUGGUGCGAGAACUCCUGCAACAACCGUAACGGUAAAAACCGCCCGGGUUGCUCCAAAACGCAGCCACAUUCAGUUAACUUCAUUUCCACUAGUAAUAGCCAGUUGAAAGAUGUAACGGUCACCAAUAGCCCGAAGUUCCACGUGACGUUAUUGGACUUGACUAACUUUAACGUCACAAACCUGAAGGUGGAUUCCCCCGAAGAUAGUCCAAACACGGACGGCUUGCAUAGCAAAGCGUUGAGAAUGUUAGCAUCAGAAACAGUUACUUCAGGAGCGGCGACGAUUGUGUUUCCGUUGGCAACAGCAGCUUUCACGUCUACAUCAAUGAUUGCCAUUGCGGACCUGGGCAUGGAAUCAGUAUCGGGUCUUUGGGGGAGUGUGGGAACAGGGCAGAGGUUGAAGAAAUUCAUGUGCAAAGAGUAAAUUUCUUUGGCACAAUGAAUGGUGCAAGGAUCAAGACAUGGCAUGGCGGACAGGGAGAGUGCCAUUCGGUCUCUUUUAAGCAUUCCAACUUCACCAAUGUGAUGAAUCCCUUACUGAUUGACCAACACUACUUUGCGGAAUCUGCGAAAGAGACAAGUGCAGUAAAAAUCAGCAACAUUACUUAUGAAAACUUGCAUGGGACAACUAACAUAUUAACCCCAUCAGCCAUCAACCUGGGUUGCAGCAGAUUGGUUAGCUGUACGGGUCUUUACUUCAAUAACAUCUUCUUCACACCCGCAAGAAAUUCAGUGAAACUCAAGUCGACUUGCAUUAAUGCAAAGGGCAAAACUUGGGGGAGGAUAGAACCUCCCCUGAGUUGUCUCAAUCAUUGACACCCUCUCUCUCGCUCUCUCUCUCUCUCUCUCUCUCUCAGUGGAAGAUAGUAGCUAAUUAUGGUCAGCAGGGUAGAAUCAAUAAGUCAGAGUGCUUUGUUGCAUCGGUAUAUGGUCCUCAACAUCGAAAGCAAAGACGAAAGCUGUGGAGAGACCUUGGGAUGUACCAGCAGUUUCUGGAGGCGAUUACAGUGUAACCUGGCCAUUGGAGGACAGAAAUAAAGGCAAUCGUUCAGGACUUUCUUGCUUGUACUUGUGUAGAUAGGUUAUGGAUGAGCUUCUAGUACAAAUUAAUGAGCUAGAUGAGAGGGAGGUAGAUUUUAAAGGGUGUACAAGAAGGCAGAGUAUUUGAAGUGGUCUCUCUCAAUUGGAACGAUGAAAAUGAAAUACAAUGGACAGCCAACUGCUCCAAUCUCUAUUCUUUUUAUUUCUGUUUUUUCUAGUAAUACAAGUUAAACCUUUUUCUUCAGAUAGAAUAAGAAAUCGUGCGUUUACCGAA